CAUCACCCUCAGCGCUGCAGGAUCGUCUUCAGACUGAAUCGGUUACACCCUCGAUCUGCUCGCGCAGUAUCGCACCGUUCGUUGAUCGUACCGGUCGUUAAUUCCCGUUCCUGCCUAUUUCACUGUGAGAUGUCGUUCGGACAAGCGUUGAACACCUGUCUGAAAGGGGUGAUCGACAGGAUGGGAGUGCUAUCAACGGCCGUCACAAAGGCGUAUCCAGAGAAAGUGGCAGUUGCCACCGCCAGUAAACCGUCAGUGUCGCGUAAAAUACGAAACCUGCCGUCCGCCGCGGCAACGAGGAUUGCGGAAUCGUCCAAGCAAACCUACGAGCCACGUGUCAAACUCGAUAACAUCAAUCCGGCGAUCGUUCGGAUGGAGUACGUUGUCCGGGGAGAGGUCCUCAUGCGGGCUGGUGUCAUUGAAAAGGAACUAGAACAGGGUAUCCAGAAACCAUUCAAGGAAGUGAUUCGGGCAAGCAUCGGUGAUUGUCACGCCAUGGGACAGCAACCGAUCACAUUUCUACGGCAGGUUCUCGGCUUGAUCACCUAUCCUCCGUUGUUCAACGAUUCAACCAUACCGGAAGACGCCAAAGAACGAGCCCGCACCAUUCUGUCCGGUUGCGUGGGCAACUCCGUGGGUUCCUACACCGAUUCGAACGGCAUCGAAAUCAUCCGACGGCACGUGGCGCAGUACAUCCAGAAACGGGACGGUGGAGUUCCAGCGGACCCGAACAACAUCAUCCUUUCGUCGGGCGCUACCGGUGCAAUCAAAUCGUUGAUGUCACUGUUCCGGUGCUCAAUCGGUGACAAGCUGCCGGGCGUAAUGACUCCCAUUCCGCAGUACCCGAUGUAUUCGGCGACGAUCUCCGAACUGGAAAUGUCACAAAUCUGCUACCACUUGGACGAAGAGCGGGGGUGGGGAUUGGACAUUUUGAGCUUGCAACAGUCAAUUGCCGAAGCGAAGAAAACCUGUGCGCCUAGAAUAUUGGUCGUCAUAAAUCCGGGUAAUCCAACGGGACAGGUACUGUCGCGGAAGAAUAUUGAAAGCAUUAUCAGGUUUGCAUAUAGCGAGAAUCUGGUGAUUUUUGCCGACGAAGUCUAUCAGUACAACGUUUACGACGAAGGUUCAGAGUUUCACUCGUUCAAGAAGGUGCUGAUGGAGAUGGGUGCCCCGUUCAACCAGAUGGAGCUGUGCAGCUUCAUGUCCUGCUCGAAGGGCUAUUUGGGUGAAUGCGGAAUCCGCGGAGGGUACGUCGAGGUUGUGAACAUGUGCCCUGAAGUUAAAGCCAUGCUGCUCAAGAGCAUUUCGGCUCUGGUUUGUGCAUCCACGAUCGGUCAGGCCUGCAUGGACGUUAUGGUGAAUCCACCGAAGCCGGGCGAACCAUCGUACGAGUUGUUUAUUAGGGAGAAGAAUGCCGUAUUGGCGUCGCUGAAGGAGCGUGCCAGAAUGGUGGCCGAAACGUUCAACUCGAUCGAGGGCUUCUCUUGCAAUCCGGUUCAGGGAGCCAUGUAUGCGUUCCCGAGAAUUCGGUUGCCACAGAAGGCCAUUGAGGCGGCGAGGAGGGCCGGCCAAGAGCCGGAUGUGUUCUAUGUUUAUCAGCUGUUGGAGCAAACCGGUAUUUGUAUCGUUCCUGGAUCCGGAUUUGGCCAAAAACCUGAUACUUAUCAUAUACGAUCUACAAUCUUACCACAGCCGGAAAAAUUGAAGGAGAUGUUGGACACGUUACGGGUUUUUCAUGAAAAAUUUUUGCGCCAGUACGAAUAAAAAAUUACUUACUUUUUUAUUUAUUAUUUACAUUUAUAAGCACCAACGUAAUAAAAUGGACCCUUUGUUU